UAGAUAGAUCAACUGUUGUCGAAUGAAGUGCUUUGAUCAACUCCUCAUUUGAUUUCAGCAUCGACCAACAAGCCUAUGGCUGAAGAACGUGUUGAUACUGUUUUGAACUACUUUGAUCUGCCAAAUGAUGAAAUUUUGUCAUUUAUGACGCUCUAUUUUGGAGACCCUGAUCAUCAGGAUCACAAAGUUGGGCCAGAUGAUCCCCAGAUCACUGAAGCCAUUGCAAGAGUUGAUGGGAUGAUUGGGAAAUUGAUCCAAGGUUUAGAAGCAAGCGGGGUUUUUGAGGAUGUGAACAUUAUAAUGCUUGGCGAUCAUGGUAUGGUUGGCACAUGCGAUAAAAAGUUAAUCUUUUUGGAGGAUUUGGCUCCUUGGAUUAGAAUUCCAAAGGAUUGGAUACAGUCAUAUAGUCCAUUGCUUUCCAUUCUUCCACCACCAAGUUACUCUGCCAAGGAUGUCGUUACAAAGAUGAAUGAGGGCUUGAAGUCAGGGAAGGUUCAGAAUGGGCAGUAUUUGAAAGUCUAUCUAAAGGAGCAACUGCCUGAUCGGCUGCAUUAUUCUGCAAGUGAUCAAAUACCACCCAUCAUUGGGUUGAUUGAUGAAACAUUUAAGGUGGAACAGAAGAGCUCAAAAAGGAAUGAAUGUGGUGGAUCUCAUGGUUAUGACAAUGCAUUCUUCUCAAUGAGGAGCAUUUUCAUUGCCCAUGGUCCUAAGUUUGCUAAGGGCCGCAAAGUCCCAUCUUUUGAGAAUUUUCAGAUUUACAACCUGGUUUCCACAAUCCUUAAUAUACAAGGAGCAUCCAAUAAUGGAACAACAUCAUUUCCAAAGACGAUUCUGUUACCCAGCUACUGGGAUUUAGCCUACUAGGAAUGUAUUCUUUAUGCUACCAGAGUUGAGAGAACAUCAUGUGAUUUUCGUAUGCUUCUCUUAACAAUUAGAAAAUAUUGUUAAGUUGAUGAACUACUGCUGAAGGUUAUGCUCCUCUGUACCUCGUGGCAUCACUUCACUUUUGUUGACUUUCCAAUUUAUAGUCUAUUAGGUGUUGCAACAUUUAUUUUGUAGCUGGUUUACUUUAAGAUUAGUAAAUUGUUGCUGUUAUCUAGAUAGAGAAUGAAUUGAUAAAUGAAUAAUUUUCAAUAUGUUUGUUAUCUGUA